GAGGUUUAUUGGAGUUUUUUUUGUAGAUGGACCUGACAUCACUGAUAAGCAAGAGUGGGUGUGAGUGCUUGAACAAUGCUGAUGACCAUCCGCUGUCAAAUUGUUUGGAACCAGAAGAUGGGUUCCUCCUGUCAGACUGCGAUGAGCAACUCAUCAUCUCCCUUGCCUUCAACCAGGCUGUCAAGAUACAUUCCCUUAAGUUGAAAGCUCCCCAUGAUUCAGGGCCUAAAACCCUCAAGCUUUUCAUCAAUCAGCCACGGACACUGGACUUUGAUCAGGCUGACUCUGUCAAUCCCAUCCAAGUAGUUCAGUUGGAGAAGCAACAUUUGGAUGGAGAGCUGGUUAAUCUACGUUAUGUCAAGUUCCAAAAUGUGACCAAUCUUCAGAUCUUUGUAAAAGACAAUCAGAAGGAAACAGAGCAGACGCGCAUUGACCAUUUGGCUGUAUUUGGCUCCCCCGUUUCCACCACUAACAUGCAGGAAUUCAAGCGAGUUGCUGGUAAGAAAGGGGAGGCUCACUAAGGCCUAGCUUGAUUUUUCUUGUAUGAUUUAAAAUGCAUGAGAUUGUCAUUUUGUUGGGAGGGA